AUGGUUCGUAAACGACAAACAGCAGCUUCUUCAGAACCUGAACCUUCUCCCCCUUCAUCUAUGAAGAGCGAAUCAGCUUCUACAAUGCCGCCGCCUAGUAAUAUGAGUAUGCGGUCGCAAUGGAUGUUCUUUGCGGUUGCUAGUGGUGCUUGUGCAGCUUUCAAUGGAGUCUUUGCUAAAUUGACAACUACACAACUUACUACGAACCUAUCCAAUGGCAUCGCUAGUCUCAUCGGCCUCUCCUCUCAUGAACAUAUUGUUGAAUAUGCCGUCCGAGGUCUUUUCUUUGUCCUUAAUCUCACAUUUAACGGCGUGAUGUGGGCACUUUUCACCAAGGCUCUGGCACGUGGAACUUCCACGACGCAAGUGUCCAUUAUAAACACUUCAACCAACUUCAUGGUUACCGCUGUACUGGGUGCUUUGAUCUUCUCAGAGGUUCUACCGCCGCUGUGGUGGGCUGGUGCUGCGCUUCUUGUUGCAGGCAAUGUCAUCGUGGGCCGAAAGGAUGAGAGUAAGGAUGCUGGUGCUGCUGCAGCGGCUGAGGGGCCAAGCUAUGUGCCCGUACCAACUGAAGACGAAGAGGAGCUGAGAAGGGAUGAGGAUGAGGAUAUCAUUGAUUUGGGAAGAGUAUCAGAUGAGAGGUCACGAUAG